AUGGCGCCCUCCUUGGAUACACUUCGAUGUUGUUGUUAUUGUUAUUUUUUGUUGUCGUUUCUAGUAUUUAAAUGCGUUGCUGCUCAAUUUCUAAAUGAACCAUGUUUCAAAGCCAUCAAUGACAGCUGGCCACAAUUUUUACGGACACGCCCUCGACCUCAUGAGUACAUAAAGGCGUCCGAGCUCCCGCGGUCAUGGGACUGGAGGAACGUAGAUGGGCAGAAUUACGUGAGCGUCACCAGGAACCAGCACAUCCCGCAGUACUGUGGCUCCUGCUGGGCUAUGGGAGCCACCAGUGCUCUUGCCGACCGCAUCAAUAUCAAGCGUAAGGGUGCGUGGCCCUUAGCGUACCUGUCUGUCCAGAACGUCAUUGACUGCGGACGAGCGGGGUCGUGCUUCGGCGGCGAUGACCUGGGGGUCUACGCCUACGCGCAUCAGAAGGGCAUCCCGGAUGAGACCUGUAAUAACUACCAAGCCAAAAACCAAAGGUGCGAGCAGUUUAACCAGUGCGGCUCGUGUGCCUCCGCGGACUCAUGCGACAUAGUGAGGAACUACACGGCAUGGAAAGUGGACGACUACGGCAGAGUUUCCGGGAGAGACCAUAUGAAAGCGGAGAUUUACGUCAACGGGCCCAUUAGCUGUUCUCUGAUGGCCACCAAAGGCCUGGAGGAGUACUCGGGGGGCAUCUUUCACGAGUUUCACGUACUUUCACUGCCCAAUCACAUCGUGUCCGUGGCCGGCUGGGGCGUGGCGGAGGACGGCAAGGAAUUCUGGAUCGUUAGGAACUCCUGGGGAGAGUUUUGGGGCGAACACGGCUGGGCCCGAAUUGUUACCAGCGCCUUUAAAGGCGGCGAAGGCAACUGGUUUAACUUGGGGAUUGAGAAGCGUUGUGCAUAUGGAGAUCCUAUUGUUACUUCCUAG